GAAAAACAGAACAUAUGUGAUUUCAUUACUUGUCGAAACAAAUGACACAAAGACAUACACAAUAUAUUACUGCUUAAUCAUGGCAUCUAUAUUUAUUUAUUGUUUAAUCGGGUACUUCUUCACCUCCUGUCUAUUCUCCUGCUGGUGGGGAGGUUUUACAUGGACACCAAAAGAAUUUGAACUUCCCCAAAGCCAAAAGUGAUUUAGGCCCAAAUUUCAUCAUUCCUUUUUUCCUAGCAUUUCCAUACAUUUCACAUUGAUCCUAGAGAUCUGUUUUCAAAAUCUGCUUCUGUAAUCAUAAAGACAGUCCUGGGCUCAUUCCAGGAUUUUUCUGGAAUGAUGUAAAAGUAAUGAUUUAUAUAUAAACAUAGAAAAAGAAGGUUUUCUGAGUCCAGGUUCAUCCUUGUGUUGUCUCAGGUGGGUGUCUCAUGCUUAUUAUACUCAUUAGGGAUCUAAACAGUGGCAGGUCAUGCAUUUCUUUUACAACUAAACCCUCAGUGGUGUCCUACCUGAAUCAAUCCACAUCUUAAUACUAUCAAUAUGAUACCACGGCUAUAGAAACCAUCAAUAUUAUACAGAAACAAAGUAUAACGGAUGAUUAUAUCUUCAUCAUGGCACCUGUUAGUGGGUGGUACUGUAUAUAUUAGGCAGCAAGUGAACAUUUUGUCCUCAAAGUUAGCAUGUUAAAGGCAGAAAAAAAUAAGUGAGAGUAAGGAUUUGAGGAAUAUACAAAUUUGUGAAGGCUAGACGACUGGGUCAGAGCAGCUCCAAAACUCCAGCUCUCGUGGGUUGUUCCUGGUCUGCAGUGGUCAGUAUCUAUCAAAACUGGUCCAAGAAGGAACAGUGGUGAACCGGCCCAGAGUCAUUCAUUCACGUGAGGAGGGAAGGCUGGCCCGUGUGGUCUGAUCCAACAAAUUGCUAAAGAAGUUAAUGCUCAACAGGUCAGGACUGUUUUGGCAGUAAAAGGGGGACCAACACAAUAUUAGGCAGGUGGUCAUAAUGUUUUGCAUGACUAGUGCAUUUUCUGGCCAUCCUAUCAAAAGAUGUAAAAAUGCCGAUGUUACUGUACGACCGCUAGAUGGCACCGUUGUUGCCAACUCGAAAUAUGAGUGGUUAAAGCAACAGUUUUAUUGUGACGUUUUUGAAAAAUAUAUUCAAAUAUUAGUCAGUGAUUCCAGGUGGGAUGUAGGCAGUUCAGAAGGCCUUCCUGGCCCUGACGAGCUGCCAUUGGAUCUAAAUCUACAUCGGGAUUUCUGAAAAGCUGCCCCAUAUUUAUAAGUGUAAUAAACAGGCAACUGGAACAAAUGACGAUUUAAUUGCACAAUAUUAUGUGUGAAGAAGCAGAUAGCAUGUAUAUGGUGUAAAUGAAGGCUGUGAAACAGAAGAAACAAUCAAAAGGUCUAUGGCUUGUAAACAUAAAUGCUGAUUCUAUACGUAGAGAUCGGUCAAGAUGUUGAGCUUCCUUACAGCCAGACAAACAGGUGUGGACGAUCCUGUGCGCCUGAGAAGAGCAGAAUCAACAAGAAGGGUGCUGAGUUUGGAGUUAAAUCAUGACAGAGAUGUUGAACGAAUUCAUGGCAAUGGAGUGAACUGUAUUGAUAUUGAAGUGAUUGAAGGCAGAUAUAUGUUAUCAGGGGGUUCUGAUGGUGUAAUCGUGAUCUACGAUCUGGAAAACAGCACCAAAAAGUCACACUACACUUGUAAAGCAGUUUGCACUGUUGGCAGGUCGAAUCGUCAUGUGCACAAGUUCAGUGUGGAGACGGUGCAGUGGUAUCCGUAUGACACUGGCAUGUUUGUGUCCAGCUCAUUCGACAAAAGCAUGAAAGUUUGGGACACAGAAACACUCAAACCAGCUGAUGUCUUCCAGUUUGACGGCAAUGUCUAUUGCCACCACAUGUCUACUAUUGCCAGGAAACACAGUCUCAUAGCAGUUGGUACCAAAGACCCAAAAGUUCAGCUGUGUGAUCUGAAGUCUGGUUCUCGCAUUCACGUCUUGCAAGGUCACAGAGGAGAGAUUCUCUCUGUCCAGUGGUCUCCACGCUACGAGCACAUCCUGGCUACUGCUAGCACUGAUGGCAGGGUGCGUAUGUGGGAUGUGCGGCGAGCUGCUGGAAGCCUCUUUACAUUAGAUCAGUUUAAUGGGGACAAGUCUAAAGCCUCAUCUGAAGCAGUAAACACGGCCCAUAAUGGACGUGUAAACGGUUUGCACUUCACUGAUGAUGGUCUUUACCUCCUGACCACUGGCACAGAUGAUCGUAUGCGCUUGUGGAACAGUGCCACAGGCCAUAACACAUUGGUAAACUACGGGAAGGUGGUUAAUGAGAGCCGGAAAGGUGUGAAGUUUACCGUGUCGCGAGGCUGCAGCCCGGAGUUUGUGUUUGUGCCAUGUGGCACCUCGGUUGCAGUCUAUGGCCUUUACACAGGGGAGCUAGUGACGACAUUAAGGGGGCAUUACAAUAAUGUAGACUGCUGCAAGUUCCACCCAGACUAUCAGGUGCUCUACAGUGGUGGGAAGGACUGUAAUAUCUUGGCCUGGGUCCCUGUGCUACGCCAACCUGAUGUUGAGGAUGAGGCGAAAACGGGUGGAGCCCAAGCUGCAGUUAAUCCUGCUUUUGAAGAUGCCUGGAGCAGUGAGGAAGACUGAGCCAGUUAUAAUGUAGUUACAGUAAAACUUAUUCAGAAUUACUACAGUAAAUAUGCCUAAGAGGUCUUGUUUCUUUAUCAGAUCAACUCUUUCAUUCAUCUUUAAAUCUUAUUUACCAGCCUAACAGACACAUUCCAGACCUCAUCAAUGAUUGGGUUACAUCAUUUGGGUUUAACUUGAAUAUAACAAACCUUGAUUUAGGGGUGUGCCAUUUUUAAUACUGUUUCCUACCCACUUCUAAAGGAAUUCUAAUUGAUUCUGGCAUCUUCCACAGAUGUUUAACCAAUCUUGCUAACUCCUGAAAAAAAAAAAUCAGCAAUUUUGUUUACGCCCUUAGAAUGUCAGACCAAUUAUCCAAUUUAUCCUAUUACACCUUUCAUCACUCCUUUUCAUUUCUGCAUACUCGCUUGACCCAUCCCCCUGCUUCCAAUUUUGAUCUAAUCCCUUUCACUGCUGCAAAACCUUUUGUAAUAAUCUUGUAGGAUGUAAAAGUCCUGGAACGUCCAAAGUACAACUGACAAACCCUACUUGAUUCUGCAUAAAGAUUGACUAAUCCCACUUUCAUAUCUAACUGACGAAUUCUGGAAAUGUUUUGUUUGGUCUCGCAUUAUACCGGUCUUGAUUUAUAUGUGACCCUGAAUUUAAUACUUGGGAAGCAAGUUGGCAAGUUAUUGAUACAUAGGGAUGAGAUGUGGUCAAAUCUAAUUUGGAGAAAAAUAACCUACUAGUUUCUCAAAGCACAUUUAGGCAGCUCUGCUGGUUGUGAAUAUUUCAGCACUGGUUCUCAGAAAGUGUGAUCAAAGGGAUCUUCAUCCACCACCUUCGUUUGCAUGGUGUGGCCUGAUACAACAAAGAGCUGGGACUGUUCUAUAAGAAGCCUUUGGCCUACAUUUGGACUGCUGGAAGUUUCAUCAUGUAAAUUCAACUUUAAGACUUACAAUUUUUUAUAUUUAUUUUAUGUACAUACAUUUGCAUUUUGAAUGGCAAGAAGUAGAUACAUUUCUUAAUGUAGUGAAGAAAUGAUGUACGUAAUGAUUGAUGUAGGUGUAGUGAUUUUAUGUUGUCUGUAUGCAGUGUUAUUAACAGUGCCCAGUCAUAAGGUUGUCACUAUUCUAAGUGACAAGGGUAUGGUUUGUUUCUUGGUAGUUGUCUUUUUUUUAGUUCAAUGCAAGUAUCAAACAUAUCAUGGAGAAAAUAAAGUUGUGGGUGCUGGAAAUAAAAAUUGCAUCAUGCAUCCA